UGUUCAGCUUCAUCUGUGUCUCCAGCCACUUCAGUGCAGGGCAGCCUUGCUUCCUGUUAAAUCAGAAGAUAGUAUUUCAAUAUGAAAGAUUGCUCGUUUGUGCAGUUGCAAACACAGAUGACACGGACACGAGUCUCCACAUCUCCCUUGCCUGCCCUCUGACCAGUAAAAAUGGGAAGUACUGGAUUCUGGUUUCCUCCAAGAAGAGUCAGCGGAACUGGUUAAGACCAAAAUCUGAGGACUUUAGUGGGCAAACAUCAGUCCCCUUUUGCUUUCUUUUACGACCACAUGAAACUUGAGAAGCCAUCUAAAGCUAAAUCAUUUAGUGGAGUUGGGCAAUUCCCAAGUGUCCAACAAGAAGGCCUGGUUUAGGCUGCGAUGGCCACUGUCAUUCCUGGUGAUUUGUCAGAAGUAAGAGAUACCCAGAAAGUCCCUUCAGGGAAACGUAAGCGUGGUGAAACCAAACCAAGAAAAAACUUUCCUUGCCAACUGUGUGACAAGGCCUUUAACAGUGUUGAGAAAUUAAAGGUUCACUCAUACUCUCACACAGGAGAGAGGCCCUACAAGUGCACACAACAAGACUGCACCAAGGCCUUUGUUUCUAAGUACAAAUUACUAAGGCAUAUGGCUACUCAUUCUCCUGAGAAAACCCACAAGUGUAAUUAUUGUGAGAAAAUGUUUCACCGAAAAGAUCACCUAAAGAAUCACCUACAUACACACAAUCCCAACAAAGAGGCCUUUAAGUGUGAAGAAUGUGGAAAGAACUACAAUACCAAGCUUGGGUUCAAACGUCACCUGGCUUUGCAUGCUGCAACAAGCGGUGACCUCACCUGUAAGGUAUGUUUGCAGACUUUUGAAAGCACAGGAGUGCUGCUGGAGCACCUAAAAACUCACGCAGGCAAGUCAUCGGGUGGAGUGAAGGAGAAAAAACACCAGUGUGAACACUGUGAUCGUCGGUUCUACACCCGAAAGGAUGUCCGUAGACACAUGGUAGUGCACACUGGAAGAAAGGACUUCCUCUGUCAGUACUGUGCACAGAGAUUUGGGCGGAAGGAUCACCUCACGCGCCACAUGAAGAAAAGUCACAACCAGGAACUUUUGAAGGUCAAAACAGAGCCAAUGGACCUUCUAGAUCCCUUUACCUGCAAUGUUUCUGUGCCUAUUAAGGAUGAGCUGCUUCCAGUGAUGUCUUUACCUUCCAGUGAACUGACAUCAAAGCCAUUUACAAACACUUUGCAAUUAAAUCUCUACAACACUCAGAUUCAGUCCAUGCAGAGUUCUGCAUCUGCACACCAAAUGGUUGCCACAUCAUUACCAUUGGGAAUGCCUUGUCCAAUAGAUAUGGAGUCUGUCCACCCUUCUCACCAGCUAUCGUUGAAAUAUCCGCUCGGUACUACCUCAUAUGCAAUUUCUAUGCCUGAAAAAGAACAGCCAUUGAAAGGGGAAAUAGAAAGUUACUUAAUGGAGUUGCAAAGUGGUAUGCCUUCUUCAUCCCAGGAUUCUCAAGCAUCUUCAUCAAAACUAGGGUUGGAUCCACAAGUAGGGCCACUAGAUGAUGGGUCUGGGGAGGUUUCUCUUUCCAAGGGCUCCGUUCCGAUUAGCGAACCUCUAAACACCCCAUCAUUGGACUUUUCUCAGCUGUUCAACUUCAUACCUGUAAAUGGCCCUCCCUAUAAUCCUUCUGUUUCAGUGGGAAACCUUGGAAUGAGUUAUACGCAAGAGGAGGCACAUUCUUCUAUGACUCAACUUCCACCACAAACCCAGGAUCCACAAGAUCCUAGCAAUAGUAUAGGUCUUGGGUCUCUGCACUCAUUGUCAGCAGCGUUCACAAGCAGUCUAAGCACAACCACCACCCUACCACGAUUUCAUCAAGCUUUCCAAUAGGAUGUACAAAUCUGGCUUUUUACUGUCUAUUUGUAGAAAUGCCUUAGGUGACCAUUUUUAACUUAGUGCCUACUAUAAGACAUUAUAAAUUCUCUGCUUUUGUACAGUACCAAUCUCAUGAAGCCAGUAAGAAAUUUAAAUUAACUUUUUAAAAAUGUUUUGAAAGUGUUUAUUCUCAGCUGUGUUUACUUUAUUGUUUUUUUUAAAGCAGUCUCAUUGUAAUGUUUUCAUUUUCACUGCCAAUUGACACAUUUAAAAUGUUCAGUAGAAAGUCAUCCCAAGCAAACUCUCAACACUCAUCCCUUUUUAAAAACUUCUUCAACCAUAGCAGCUAUUCUGUUUUAUUGGUGUCAGUGGUAGAACUACCACUUUUACCUUUUAAUAUAUUUUACUGUUUGCAAAGAAUCCAGUUAAAAUAUGUUUCACAAAGAUUCCUGAAGAUUUGGGAAAAAAAGUUCUCCAGUCCAUUUCCAAACAAAUCCUCUUCCCAAAUGGUGACACAUCUGAUCUCUUCUAUAAUGACAAAUCUAAUUUUUUUAAUAAAUAUAGAAUUCAGAUUUUUCUGAAAACUGGUGUGUGUAUAUAUAUAAGUCCGUAUAUACACAUGUACAUAUAUAUAGCAUUUUGACUUGUAUUGAAGUCAUUAUAAAAGGUAUUAAGAAUUUUGCCAUUUUCUGGCUUAAAUUUUUGUGGCCUGUUAUGGAUAGCGGAAGAAAAAAUUUAGUUUAAUUCUCUAAAAUUGUGGCUGAACAGAAUUUCAACAGAGAAUCUCUGCUUGCCUAAAUGACAAAUGUUUCAAGUUGAAUUUGGAACUGUGUUGUGCUUUCAUGACUCUGGUAGAGGGAAACAGGCAAAAUUAAUGGCUGAUCUUGAAAUAUAAAGGUGUUGUAGUGUAGUGAUGCAGAAUAUUUUGUCGCAGUUUUUGUUUUAAUUCUUAACUUGCUGUUUUUUUCUCUUUAGUAGCAUAGAAAGAGUACUGCAUAGGAAUCUUCCAGUAGUGUAUUCACAUUUGUAGACAUCAGUCUUCUCCCAGAUGCCACCGCCAAAGGGUGGAUCAAGUCCAGCCAGAAAGUGUGUAUCUUUUUUCAGUUCAAAACUAGUGUGCAGUCAGAGAGUGAAUGUAAAUUUGCAAAUACCAUUUUUCUGGGGUUUUUUUAUUGGAAUGAUCUUUUCACUUGUGUUACAUGGUGUGUUAUGUCCUCCUAAGCAACAAGUUAGAUGUUAAUCACACUUUCUACACCUGGGUACUUGGUUAGGGACUUUUUGCCCAUUGCCAAGAUUUAAAGACAGGACUCUUAGGAGUGAAGUAAAAGCAUAUUGCUUACACCACUUUUACCUA